GGCGGCAGCAUAGAAGAGCUCGCGGCGGCGGCGGCGGCGGAGCGGGCGGCGGAGCGAGGUUGCGCGCGCCGAACAUGGCUGAGAAGCAGAAGCACGACGGGAGGGUGAAGAUCGGACACUACGUGCUGGGGGACACGCUGGGCGUCGGCACCUUCGGCAAAGUGAAGAUUGGAGAACAUCAAUUAACAGGCCAUAAGGUGGCAGUUAAAAUUUUAAACAGACAGAAGAUUCGCAGUUUAGAUGUUGUUGGAAAAAUAAAACGAGAAAUUCAAAAUCUAAAACUCUUUCGUCAUCCUCAUAUUAUCAAACUAUACCAAGUGAUCAGCACUCCAACAGAUUUUUUUAUGGUAAUGGAAUAUGUGUCUGGUGGUGAAUUAUUUGACUACAUCUGUAAACAUGGCCGGGUUGAAGAGAUGGAAGCCAGGCGCCUCUUUCAGCAGAUUCUGUCUGCUGUGGAUUACUGUCACAGGCAUAUGGUCGUUCAUCGAGACCUGAAACCAGAGAACGUGCUAUUGGAUGCACACAUGAAUGCCAAGAUAGCUGAUUUUGGAUUAUCUAAUAUGAUGUCAGAUGGUGAAUUUCUGCGAACUAGUUGUGGCUCCCCAAAUUAUGCAGCACCUGAAGUCAUCUCAGGCAGGUUGUACGCGGGUCCUGAAGUUGAUAUCUGGAGCUGUGGUGUUAUUUUGUACGCUCUUCUCUGUGGCACCCUCCCAUUUGACGAUGAGCAUGUGCCUACGUUGUUUAAGAAGAUCCGAGGGGGCGUAUUCUAUAUCCCAGAAUAUCUCAAUCGCUCCGUUGCCACUCUCCUGAUGCAUAUGCUACAGGUUGACCCCCUGAAACGAGCAACUAUCAAAGACAUAAGAGAGCAUGAAUGGUUUAAACAAGAUUUGCCCAGUUACUUAUUUCCUGAAGACCCCUCCUAUGAUGCUAACGUCAUUGAUGAUGAGGCUGUGAAAGAAGUGUGUGAAAAAUUUGAGUGUACAGAAUCAGAAGUAAUGAACAGUUUAUAUAGUGGUGACCCUCAAGACCAGCUUGCAGUGGCUUAUCAUCUUAUCAUUGACAAUCGGAGAAUAAUGAACCAAGCCAGUGAGUUCUACCUCGCCUCUAGUCCCCCAACUGGUUCUUUUAUGGAUGAUAGUGCCAUGCAUAUUCCCCCAGGCCUGAAACCUCAUCCAGAAAGGAUGCCACCUCUUGUAGCAGACAGCCCUAAAGCAAGAUGUCCAUUGGAUGCACUGAAUACAACUAAGCCCAAAUCUUUAGCUGUGAAAAAAGCCAAGUGGCAUCUUGGAAUCCGAAGUCAAAGCAAACCGUAUGACAUUAUGGCUGAAGUUUACCGAGCUAUGAAGCAGCUGGAUUUUGAAUGGAAGGUAGUGAAUGCAUACCAUCUACGUGUAAGAAGAAGAAAUCCAGUGACUGGCAAUAAUGUGAAAAUGAGCUUACAGCUGUACCUGGUUGACAAUAGAAGCUAUCUUUUGGACUUUAAAAGCAUUGAUGAUGAGGUGGUGGAGCAGAGGUCUGGUUCCUCAACACCUCAGCGGUCCUGUUCUGCUGCUGGCUUACACAGACCGCGAUCCAGUUUGGAUUCUGUAACUGCGGAGAGCCAUUCACUCUCUGGCUCUCUCAUGGGCUCCUUCAUCGGAAGCACAUCGUCUUCAGUUCCACCUCGCCUGGGCAGUCACACCAUGGAUUUUUUUGAAAUGUGUGCCAGUCUGAUCACUACGUUAGCCCGUUGAUGAUCUUUCCUUAGUUUCUAUCUUUCUGUUUUUGCACUGUGAAAAUCAGAUAUAUUCUUUAAAUUAUUGUUUUACUUAUGGAUAUCACAUACUCUGCAGUACUGGUUGAGAGCUGUGACUGUCUCCAGGGGACACUCAACGCCACUGAAAUUACUGAAAACGAAAAAGUCUGACAUUUUAUUUACUGUAGACAUCUGUAAUUCUGUUUUGCCUGUGAUAAAUUUACAUAGGUAGUAUCUUUAAUACGUGAACAUUGAUGAAGAUUAUUGUUAAUCAAAGAUUGUGGAUUCACUACGGAUGAUUAAUACACCUUUACUGGUGAACCAUCUCCGUCAAAGGGUGGUUUGGCAACAUCUUCUUGCUUUACUGUUGAGUGUAGAUAAAUCCAGUUUGCUUUCUAAAUUUCAGCAGGCUUUAAGCUGUGUUUAUGCACAAGAAGAUUAAAAAAUAGCACAAACAUUAGUAAGAUAGUAAUUAAAUGUUGAAAUCUCAAGAACCAGCCCCCCAAAUUUCAGAAACCAAGUUCUGCUAGCAGUUUUUGCAAAUAUUGCCCAGUGUUCAACAGAAGGGCUGUGGUCCUGAAACAGGUAACGGCCAUUUCCAGGUUCCUUAAAAAUAGCUAUAACCAACUAGAGGUUUUAUCUUGAGAUUUUCCUGAAUAACAUAUUUAAGAGCCUUCAAGGUUCUACUCAGUACUGGAACAUCUGGAAUUACAACAACAUUUGUAUUUUUCAUAAACUUAUAUCAUUUUACAACAUGCCUUCAAAAUCUACGUUUCUCAAAUUCUUUUUCACUCUAUUUAUUUUUGUACUUCACCAAGCAUGAUAAAAUAGACAGUUAAAUGAAACAAAGCAAGAUGUCAACAGUCUCUUAAAGAGAACUCUUUAUCUUUGAUCCCUUAUUGUGUGUGGUGGCGAGGAGUUUGGUGUGUAUGUGUGUGUCCUGUUGUAUCCCAUAAUGCUAAUUAUUCCUCAGAAGUUUGUUACUGUAUUCACCCCCCUCCCUCACCUUCCCUAGUCACCUUUGUCUUUGUUUAUUGUUUGAUCCUUAGUGGCUAAUUGACUCAGCUUUGACAUCUUUUCUGGUUCUCUUUCUUUGUUCUAUAUCUUGGUUGCUAGCCAUCUGGUUUGAAACACUGUUCUGGCCCUAAGGGCUUUUGUGUACUUCCAGAGCUUGGUAGGCUGUGACUUUCACUGUUGAACCUGGUAGGGCAGGGAAGCCUUAAACAUUCAAAAAAUUCUCUCUUGAAUAAAUAUAUGUGUUGUUUACAUAUAUACAUAUAUGUAUUCGCACCAGUGCUUUUAAAUGAAAAACCAAACUUUUUUUUUUUUUUUGGCUUUGUGCAGGUUUUUUUAAGGCUUUUAAAAAAACAGAAAACCUAUAUACGGCAGGGUAGAUAAUAGCCCAUUGAUUACAUUUUGUUUUAGUAAAAAUAUUUAAUUUUAAAAUUAUGUAUAAUUUAUCGAAUUUGUAUUUAUUCAUUUGUCUUGUUUAAUAUGUUAUAAUUAACAAUCUCAUUCACCUGACUUACCCUAUAAAAGACUAAGCUCUUGAAAACAAAAAGUGACAUUGCCUUGACAGGUUUCUCUUUGCCAAAAAUAAUGUGUUUUCUACCAAGAAGCAAAUGAGAAUGUUAGACCAGAUUUCUCUUGUGUUUAUGAAAGACAAGUAUGUCUAUCUUUAAAGAGCUUUGAGUCAGGAGUUUGCAGUGUGUCACAUCAUAUUGUUUUGCAGAACUUUUUAAAAAUGGUGUUAUAUAACUUUUAAGCCUGACUUCUUAAUAUCAAAAUACAAGGAAUCCUUGUUAGCCAAUUUGGGAAAGAGGGUGGGGUUGCAGUUAAGAUGUGUUAAGUUUAAACCUUUGAAAGAUUGCCAUCUAGUGGCAUCGAAGGAUACUUUUUUGUGAAUAUUUUUAUAGGGAAAAGCAGUCCUGCUGCAUAUAGGUAUGGCAUAAUUUUGGCCUCAACAAAUGUGUAAAUACCUCUUUUGGGAAAAACAGGACAACCUCAUAAUACUUGCCUAUGAAUGGGGUGACCUUCAAAAUAAGGAAUUAAUUUGAUUCCUUAUUCCCAAUGACAAAAUCCCUAACAAUUUUGAAGACAGAGAAAUGGUAGGAAGGAAUCCAGUGGCAUUUUAGCUUCUUUAGUCUAAUGAAUCAAAUGUUAGAAACUUAUAUUAAAGUUGCUUUAAAUGGAUGAUUGUCAUGUUUUUCAAGAGUUAAAAAGUUAUUUACUAUUUUCUCAUUCUUGCCAGUAUUUAUGAAUAUCUACAUUUUGAUAGCCAUCUGUUGAAUUUUAGGAGAACCAAGGGUCACAGUUUGGGUUCUUGUGUCCUUAAGUUUUUAGAGCACAGCUCUUCUGUGAAUGUAGAUGGCGUAGUACUUUGUAGAGACAAGAUUACAGGAGACUCAGCCCAGCAUAAUGGGGCUAGAACAUUUUCAUAGGAGACUCUUUGUUGCUAAUGAGUAGGGAGAGGGAAAGAAAUCAGUUGCUAAAUUCCCACAUUUCAGUCUUGUAAACUGGGUAAUUGUGGAUGUGGUAUGUGGUAGACAGACCUGGGGUAGGAACAGUUUCUUCAUGUUAAGAUUCUGGAGGAGAGCUGCUGUUAUUAGGCUACAGAUAAAGUCUUAGCUAUAUCAUGGAAAUGGAGUCCAUACUGGUUCUAGAAUAGCAUUUCCCAAACUGCCUUCUGUCAGAUGCUCUGUGGAAAAGGGGUUUCAUUGCGCAAGUUUGGAAAAUGAUGCAUGUUACUCUCCUGCUUGAAGAUGACAAAGGAUGUGGGCAUAAAGACUUUGACCAGUCCUUCUGUGAAAAAAAGAAAACCAUUUAACUUUGUUUAAUCCUGCUUUGCCCAGAUUAAUUUAAACAUGGUUUUAAACUUACCAUCCCCUGGGAAAAAACAUAUUUGAAAAAUACUAUUUUAAGAAAAUUAUUGUACCAGGUUGCCAUAAUGGGUAGAUAAGAAUAAAAUUAAGAUUUCCUUUUCCCUUAUCAGUUAUUGGAGAGAAUCUGGUUCAAAAUCAGAAUAAUUUCAUUUUAACCUGUAGACAUAUUCAUCUUGAGCGAAUGCUGGAUUAGUAGAAUUUUAUAUGUCUACAACUUGUUUCAUAGCACCUUGAUUUUCUUAAUCAGGUUGUGGUAUUUUGUGGAGGGCAAAAUUUAUUCUUUUUUGUGUUGAAUGGAUAACUGAAAAACCUUAAACAAGAUUACUUCUAAAAAUGGUCUAAGAGACUAGUAACUAAUGCUUAUGGCUCUAUGGGUAAUGAGUCAAUAACACUGAUUCUUACUUUCAGAAAGUAUAGUCAGUGAACAUUUUCUAAAUACUUUUAUAUAUAGAACACCAUAUUUAGAUCUAAUUCCUGUUAUUCUGUAAUGAAGGAACAAACAACAUCCCGAAUUAGAUAUGUUGGGAGGGAGGGAGGCAAACUAUUAUAAGUUGGGCUUUUGUUUUGAUCAACAAAUUUUUGAGACACUUUUGUAACCACUAGUGUUUGCAUUCCUUGAUACUUGCUAGCUAUAAAGAGAAUCCAAGAGCCUAAAUUAUUCAGAAAUAACAGUAUUCCAUGUCAGGUAAUUGACUAUAUGUAGUACAGACAAUUCUCCCCUUUAUGCAAAUAGGUUUCCUGGGACAGUUACAUAAUCCUGGGCUUGCUUUCUCUUAUUCCCUAGCCAGUUUGUACUCAGGGAAUACAAAUUGAUUUUUUAUUAGAUGAGACAUAAUUGAGAAGUUAAUCAUAGACAACUGUUACAGAUUUUUUGACUAUUUGGAUUUAUCUGUAAAUGUACAGUAUAUUGAGUUAAUAUAAGCAAUGCACCUUCCAUUUAUAAAAUAUAAGAUCUUGGAAUGUGCCUCCCAUAGACACUGCAUGUUUAUCUAUUCACUGGUUAAUAAUUUAAAUCCUGUUAAUGGCUGUGAAAUCUCAAUAUCUAAAUGCUAGACAUGUUCACAGUUUUGUCUGUUUUUAUUUCUUUUUAAAGACCUCCACGUUUUCAAUUUGGCACGUCUUUACCUGAUCAUUCUGUCACUCUGUGACUUAAAAUAGGGAAUGUACUUUAUUUUAAUAAUAGUUCUCAGAAACUCUAAAAUUCUGGAUGAGGGAUCUGUGCAAUCUGUUUGUAAGUCACAUCCUGUGUUGGGCCUCAUUUUUGUAACCUCUAAAGUGGGAGGGAUAGAUUAAAAGACCUCUGAGUUACCUUUCAGCUUUAAAGUUCUGUCUUCUCUGCCUUUUCAUAUGAUUUGUAUUAGUGCUCACUUUUUACACAUUUAGAGAUUUUAUACUUGUGUGAAUGGUCUGUAUUUGUUUGGCGAGGUGUUUUGAAGGUAUAUACUAAAAUAUUUUUUUAAAUACAGCUGCCCCCCUGGAAUACAAAUGGUAAAAAUCAUCCAGAAAACCAAACAUGUUAAAAUGUCAUGUGCACUUGCCAUAAAGCAAAAGAUUACUAAUUUGGAGUGAUGGAAGUGUUCCAUACAUUUUAAUAGUGAUUUUUAGAUCCAGAGACCCUCCAUAUCUUCUAUUAACUUAUUUAAUACGUUACGGUAACCUUGUGAGUUAACGAUUUUCCAGAUGAGAAAGCAGGACCAGAAAGCUCUUCACAAGGCUUUAAUGCCAUACAAGUGUUCAGUGAUGAUCACUGCUCUUUAUAUGCCCCCUUUCUCUGGGGAAAACAGUCUGAAUCACUGAAAUUAUCUGCAUAGUUGAGUAAUAAAAAUAAAGAUGUAUUGCUUUCAAGUCUUAGAGUGACAUGAAGUAGUCUUAACUGAAUAUUUUUUAGUUUAAUUAUUUGAACCAGUUGAUUGUACUAACUAGAUGUAAUUAUCAUAAGUAUUUAUGAUUAGCAUAUUGAUUUUUGUUAAGUACUUCUAAGUUAUUGAGGGUGCUUAAAAAAUACUGAAGAAACUUUUUAGGACAUGAUUCUUCCUUUAACUUUAUUUAUAUGAAUCUCAUAGCACAAGAUUUUUUAGAAAGUAAAACUAGCCCCAACUCCUAUCUUAAAUUAUCAUAGUUUUUGACUAUUAAUCUAAAUUAGGCUUAUCUAAAUUUCAUAUACAGAUUGGUAAUUUUUCAUUUUAUAUGCAUAUUAGAUGAUAAGACGCUAUUUUCAUAGAGUAUAUUUCUAUUCACAGACUACCUAAUCAUUAUUGGCUUGAUAUGGAUUCUUUCAAACCUUAUAAAAAUUUGAAAUGUAAUUUAUGUUUGAGCUUUUAAAAGUGUAUCUUAUUUAAGCAAGUUGCUGGCAUCCUUACCAGCCUUUCCCUAUGUAAUUAUAAUGCAUGUGAUGCCACUGAACAGUAAUAACAUAAAGAACAGGACCCACGGUCUAGACUAUGUUGAGUUUUAAUUAAACUUUUUCAGUCAUAACCUGAUAAGAAUCAGGCUGGGUCUAGAAGUUAAACUGCGGGGCUGUAUUAAUUUCAUGAGCCAAUGUUAAUGCUUACUUCCAGCCUGCAUAGCAGUGCCAGUUUGCAGCCGUGAUUGUGUGUGUGACUUUUGGUAACUACUGUUUAUAUGUGAAGCAGCUCAGAUGUUAUGGAAGUAGCUCAUGAUUAUUUGGACAAGCAGGGUAAGUAAAUUUAAGUUACGUUUGAAAAAGUGCAAUUAAGGAAAUCCGAGAGCAGAAUGCUCUUUCCAGGAAAAAAGUGAAGUGCUUGUAGAAGAAUAUCCUAGCAUGACAACUCUUUUGAACAUACAGAGAAUUUUGACAGGGUUCAUACAGUGGGAAUUUUUUAAUUCGCGGUUUGCUACUUUGUGUCGAUUUAGAACUUCAAGGAAGGAUGGGAGGGAGGCUCAAAGGGAGGGGAUAUGGGGACGGGUGUGCAUAUGGCUGAUUCGCUUUGUUGGGCAACAGAAACGAACACAGUAUUGUGAAACAAUCAUACUCCAAUAAAGAUGUAUUAAAAAAAAGACUGAAGAAAAAAAAUAAAAUUUCAAGGAAGGAAUAGGAACAUUCUAGCCAAGGAGAACUGCGUAUUUAAUUUUUGCUGCUAAUUUAAGCAUGCAUUUUUCACAGCUAAAAGUCCUUUUUAAGUUUUGUUGCAAAGAAAGUCCAUUUUUCUAGACAGAUAACAUUUUCCUAAGAUGGAAAAAAACAGAUCCACUAAAAAAACAAAAACACCUUAAUUAAUUGUGCCUUUUCUCUUGAAUUGUAGGACUAAUAAUUAGUCAAAAACUUGUUUAAACUGUGUUUUUUCCCUAAUUCCUCUCAUUUUUCCUUAAAUCUGUCCUCCACAAACAGUCACAUUGUUUGCUUUUGCCUGUUUGUUUUCAGGUUCCUUUGGCCAGACCUCACUAUCAUUGUCAGAAAUUGUUCACUAAAUGUGUUUUUCUGUUUGUUUUAUGUUGCUUCACUUUUUAAGUCGCCUUGGUAAAAGUUUGGCUGCCUUUUCAUGUUUUUAAAAUGAAUGCAAUGAAUAGCAGUCUUUAUAUUUCGACCCUUUAAAAAGUUUGUAAAGGAAAGAAAUAAUGCAGAGCAAAGAACAAAAUCUAAUUUUGAAUCUGAUUCUCAGUUUGGCUGCUUGACAGCAGCAAGUCAUUUAACCUCAUUUAGUUUUUUCAUCUACAAAAUGUGGAUAAUAACCUACCUCACAGAUGUGUGUGAGAAACUGAAGGCCCUUGUUUAAAAUACAGGCUUUAUCAUCAUAUUUAAUGUAAAUCCCUUCCUUUUUUUUAAUAGAUAUCUUUGAUACUGAUAGGAUGAGUAUCUUCAUUUUAGGUAAGUCUUAUGUGGUAAGAAUAUAGUGGUAAAAAUGUUUAAAAGACCACAGUUUUACAAAUUAUGGUAUUCUUAUUUUAAGGGACUUUUAAAAUUUCUUGAAAGUAUUGAAUAUCCAAAUAUCAAAUUUGUCUUUUGUUGCAACAGAUAUUCAGAACUUCUUAAACUGUUGGCUGAAGAUGCCUUAAUGUACCAAAAUACAGCUUUCUCUCCAGACUAUUCACAAAUAUCUAUGGUUGUAUGAUGUUUUGAGUGUUUAAUGUAAAAUUGUUAGAGAACUGUGAACUCUAAGCAUAGUAAUCUUAAUGUUGUUUUAGGAAGAAUGUUUGUGUUCUGUAUCAUGUAUGCUUAAAUAUCAUACAGUGACUUUUGAGUGCAACAAACAAAACUGAAAGUUGACAGCCAUUAGGUUGUGUCCAUGACAAUCAUAAGAAAGUGUAAGAUUGGAUAUUAAUUGUUCAAAAAAUUUUCAAGAACACUUUGCAUUCAUUCUUUCUUAGCCCACCUUUGGAAAACAAAUCCCAUAGGCUGAUGCAUUUACCCACCGAAGCACUUGAUUACAUAUCUAUUAAAAUAAUUUUUUUAACUGUUGAAAUUGGGAUCAUUUUUCUAUAAUUCAUUUCAGGAAGAGGAAAAAAAAGACCAGACUCUUAGUGCUUUUGUGUUUUAAUAACCAUAGAUUCAAAGUUCAGUUUUGUUUGUUAUGUAUUUUUUGUGAGUGUUAAAUGAUCAGUGGGAAGAAUGUCUUCCAGCAACUGUGUGGUAAAGAUGUCUUCUUGAAUUACACAGCAUUUCAUAGUUACAGGUUCUCCCUAGUUAAUACUUGCACUGUACAAACUCAUAGGUAACAAACACAAAAGAGAAAAGCAGCCUGUCUGAUUACUUAUAAGCUUUUUUCAAAAAAUCAAAUUAAAGUCUCUGGUUAAUUUGAAA